AGGAGGAGGGAUCUGUCGGUGCCGGGGCUCCGAUCGCUGCCGCUCAGAGGGUCUCCCUCUCGGCUCCCUGCAGCUCCGCCCCGGAUUCCGGGAGGCUACCGGCGGCGUCCCCGGGGCUCUCCAGAUCGGACUUUAAGAAGGUCUCCUCCCCGCAAACCCACCCGCGGCUGUGCCAUCCGCCCCGGGCCAUGGGUCCCCCGACACAGCUCCAGAAGGCCACACGGCCUCGCAAGAUGUGAGAGGCCAGCUCCGGGCAGAUUCAAGAGAUUCCAGAGAGGAGCGGAGAGUGGUCCCCCCCCCCCCACCCCUUGCCUCCCUACGCCUGACGGGGCUGACGGUGCUCGCUGAGACCCCCGCGGUGCCCAGCGUCCCGGAGCGCCCCCUCCCCACCCCAGUUCAGGGUUGGACCGUGUUGCUGGCCGGAGGCGCGCGGCGAAGAGCAGGCUGUCAUGCCCUAUUGAUCCCCUACCACCACCCUGCACCCCCUUGCCAAGUAUGUUUGGGCUGGACCAAUUCGAGUCCCAGAUCGGCGGCAGCAGGAACACUGGCCAGGGCGAGAGGAACUUUAACGAGACUGGACUGAGCAUGAGUGCCCACUUUAAGGCCCCUGCCUUCCAUGCCGGGGCGCCCCCUGGCCCCGUGGACCCUGCCAUGAGCGCUCUGGGCGAACCCCCGAUCUUGGGCAUGAAUAUGGAACCAUACGGCUUCCACGCGCGCGGGCACUCGGAGUUGCACGCAGGGGGGCUGCAGGCGCAGCCAGUGCACGGCUUCUUUGGGGGUCAGCAACCUCACCACAGUCACCCUGGGGGAGGUCACCACCCCCACCAGCAUCACCCCCACUUCGGCAGCAACUUCGGUGGCCCGGACCCAGGGGCUUCGUGCCUGCACGGGGGCCGGCUGUUGGGCUACGGUGGCGGCGGCGGCGCAGCCGGCGGCCUGGGCAGCCAAGCGCCCUUCGCCGAGGGUUACGAGCACAUGGCGGAGAGCCAGGGACCGGAGACCUUCGGUCCACAGCGACCGGGAAACCUCCCGGACUUCCACAGUUCCGGCGCCUCGGGCCACGGUGUGCCUGCUCCGUGCCUGCCUCUGGACCAGAGCCCUAACCGGGCCGCUUCUUUCCACUGCCUGCCCGCUUCGAGCGGCUCCGAUUCCCACAGCCUGGAGCCCCGGAGGGUGACCAACCCAGGAGCCGUCGACUCUCUGGAAUACAAUUACCCGGGGGAGGGGCCCUCGGGACAUUUUGACAUGUUUUCGCCCUCCGACUCCGAAGGACAACAGCUGCCUCAUUAUGCAGCCGGUCGCCAGGUUCCCGGGGGCGCUUUCCCGGGCGCAUCGGCCUUGCCUAGAGCCGCAGGCAUGGUGGGCUUAUCCAAAAUGCAUGCCCAGCCGCCGCAGCCGCCACCGCCGCCGCAGCAGCCGCCGCCAACACCGCAGCAGCAGCAACAGCAGCAGCAGCAGCAGCAGCACGGAGUCUUCUUCGAGAGGUUUGGCGGGGCCCGAAAGAUGCCCGUGGGUCUGGAGCCCGCAGUGGGCCCCCGGCACCCGUUAAUGCAGCCUCCCCAGCAGGCCCCUCCACCCUCACAGCAGCAGCCCCCGCAGCCGUCCCAACAGCAGCCUCAACCUCAACAGCCACCGCCACCGCUUCUCGUCCGACAGAAUUCCUGUCCCCCCGCGCUCCCACGGCCCCAGCAGGGCGAGGCGGGCACGCCCAGCGGCGGUCUGCAGGACGGGGGGCCCAUGUUGCCCAGCCAGCACGCGCAGUUCGAGUAUCCCAUCCACCGGUUGGAGAACCGGAGCAUGCACCCUUACCCGUCCGAGCCCAUGUUCAACAUGCAGCACCCGCCUCCGCAGCAGGCCCCCAACCAGAGGCUGCAACAUUUCGACGCGCCCCCCUACAUGAACGUGGCCAAGAGGCCGCGCUUCGACUUCCCCGGCAGCGCCGCCGGAGUGGACCGCUGCGCUUCGUGGAACGGUGGCGGCGUGCACAACAACGGUGCUCUGGACAAUCACCUCUCGCCCUCCGCCUACCCGGGCCUGCCGGGCGAGUUCACACCGCCGGUGCCCGACAGCUUCCCCUCGGGGCCUCCCUUGCAACACCCGGCUCCGGAUCACCAGUCCUUGCAGCAGCAACAGCAACGUCAAAACGCGGCUCUCAUGAUCAAGCAGAUGGCCUCUCGGAACCAGCAACAGCGGCUGCGCCAGCCCAACCUGGCCCAGCUAGGCCACCCUGGAGACGUGGGCCAGGGCGGCCUGGUGCACGGAGGUUCGGUGGGCGGCUUGGCUCAGCCGAACUUUGAGCGCGAAGGUGGCAGCGCGGGAGCGGGGCGCCUGGGCACCUUCGAGCAGCAAGCGCCACACUUGGCUCAGGAGAGUGCCUGGUUCCCCGGGCCUCACCCGCCGCCGGGAGACCUGUUGUCCAGGAGGAUGGGUGGCUCAGGCCUCCCGCCUGACUGCGGUCCACACGAUCCCGGCCUAGCGCCUCCCCCUCCGCCCGGUGGCGGCUCGGGAGUGAUGUUCCGGGGUUCCCUGCAGGAACCGCUGAGGAUGCCCGGCGAGGGCCACGUGCCUGCGCUGGCCUCGCCGGGCCUGCAGUUCGGGGGUAGCUUGGCCAGCCUGGGUCAGUUGCAGUCGCCCGGGGCUGGGGUGGGAUUGCCCAGUGCCCCUUCGGAGCGCAGGCCCCCGCCACCGGACUUCGCCGCGCCCGCGCUCGGGGGUCAGCCGGGCUUUCCGUUUGGCGCGGGGAGCCGGCAGGCCACGCCGCACAGCGGCCCGGGUGUGAGCUCGCCCCCGAGCGCGGGCGGGGGCGGCGGCGGCGGCAGCGGCUCGAACGCAGGCGGUGGAGGCGGGGGCGCUUACCCCUCGCAGCCCGAUUUCCAGCCUAGCCAACGCACCUCGGCCAGUAAGCUGGGUGCGCUCUCGCUGGGUUCCUUCAACAAGCCCAGCUCCAAGGACAACCUGUUUGGCCAGAGCUGCCUGGCAGCGCUCUCCACUGCUUGCCAGAACAUGAUCGCCAGCCUAGGUGCCCCCAACCUCAAUGUGACCUUCAACAAGAAGAACCCACCCGAGGGCAAGAGGAAACUGACCCAGAAUGAGACCGACGGGGGCGCGGCGGCGGCCGGCAACCCAGGCUCGGAUUACUUCCCAGGAGGGACUGCUCCUGGGGUCUCAGGGCCCGGAGGCCCAUCUGGGACCAGUAACAGUGGCUCCAAAGCCUCGGGUCCACCCAACCCUCCCAGCCAGGGGGACGGCACCAGCCUGUCCCCCAACUACACCCUGGAAUCCACGUCGGGGAACGAUGGCAAGCCAGUCCCCGGGGGCGGUGGCCGGGGAAGGGGGCGCAGAAAAAGGGACAGCGGUCAUGUGAGCCCCGGGACCUUCUUCGACAAAUACUCUGCUGCUGCGGCUCCGGACAGUGGGGGUGCCCCUGGGGUGAGCCCCGGGCAGCAGCAGGCACCAGGCGGGGUGGCCGUCGGGGCAAGCUCGGUGAGCGAGGCACGCGGGGCGCCCACGCCCCACGAGAAGGCACUUACGUCACCGUCGUGGGGGAAAGGAGCCGAGUUGCUCCUGGGGGACCAGCCGGACCUCAUGGCAUCCCUGGACGGUGCGGCCAAGUCGGACAGUAGCUCGCCCCACGUGGGUGAGUUCUCCUCGGACGAGGUAAGCACGAGCUAUGCCAACGAGGACGAAGUGUCCUCCAGUUCCGACAACCCGCCAGCCCUGGCCAAAGCCGGCAGGAGCCCCCUGGUGACCGGCUCACCUAAACUCCCUCCCCGAGGGGUGGGCGCAGGAGAACACGGACCGAAGGCGCCCCCACCUCCACUGGGCCUGGGUAUCAUGUCUACCUCGUCCUCCACCCCUGACAGCUAUGGCGGGGGUGCGGGCACCGGCCAUCCCAGCACCCCGGGCCUGGAACAGGUCCGGACCCCGACCAGCAGCAGCGGUGGGCCACCACCCGACGACAUCCAUCCCCUGGAGAUUCUUCAGGCCCAGAUCCAGUUACAGAGACAGCAGUUCAGCAUCUCCGAGGACCAGCCCCUGGGGCUCAAAGGUGGCAAGAAGGCAGAGUGCGCCCAGAACGGUGACAGCGAGCUGGGCAGCUGCUGCUCCGACGCAGUCAAAAGUGCCAUGAGCACCAUUGACCUGGACUCCCUCAUGGCAGAGCACAGCGCCACUUGGUACAUGCCAGCAGACAAGGCCCUGGUGGACAGCGGGGACGAUGACAAGACAUUGGCGCCCUGGGAGAAGGCCAAGCCCCAGAACCCCAACAGCAAAGAAGUCCAUGACCUCCCUGCCAACAAGACCCCAGCCACCCAGCCCGGCGGCCACUUGCAGUGCCUGACGGUCCAUUGUACAGACGGCGAUGCGAAGGCCCGUGCCUCCGUGCCCACCUGGCGGUCCCUGCACUCUGACAUCUCCAACCGAUUUGGGACAUUUGUGGCCGCCCUGACUUGAGUCCCUUCCCUUUCCCCUCCCACUGUUCAUUGGAAAGGGCCUCUGUGGCUGAGUGUUAUUUUUUUUGUUGUUGUUUGUUUGUUUGUUUUGUUUUUGUUUAGGUUGGUACCUGCUUAGUGACAUUCGGAACAGAAAAGGUUAAUUUAAAGGGCAGGGGGGGAAAGCCCUCAAAAAAAAAAUUUUUUUUCUUUUUUUUAAAGAAACUGUCUGCCACAGUACUUUACUGGUGUUAGCCCUUUGCAAGUUAGCAGAUGUCCUCAAAUUGAGCCCUUUUCCUGCUAGAGCAGAGUCCAUUGUCCUGGGCUCGGCAUUUUUUUUUUUAGACGGCCUCUUGCUUCAUUUUAUUUCCAGUUGGGUGUACAUGUUAAUUCAUAAUAAGACAAAAGUUGCUUUUCUUUACUUUUUUCUUUCCUUUUUGCCCCCUCCCUUCUCUUCUCUCCCCCGACCCCUUGUUCAUUGCUUAUUAAAAUGGAAGCCUUGGAGAAGAGCAUUCUAGAACAUUGCCGGGUGAACACAUUGCCAUCAAGUGACACCCAAGUCUCAUUAGGUCAUUAGUCGGAGACAGGAGGUAAACAGUGAGCCCCUCCUUGUGGCGAUGUAUGCUUGCUUCCUCUCGUAACACAACCUGGCUUUCAGCUGGCUUCUGUCCCCUACCGCUGGGAGCCUCCCAGGAGGGGCUGUGUGUGACACGCACCUCCAAGAAUGAGGCCAAAUGGUGGGCAGCAGUCAUUUUUCCUGUGCUCCCCGGGGCCUCACAGCUCGAGGCUGUACCCUGCCCAGGGCUGGUAGCCUUGUGCCCUCACAGCCGCUGGAGCACGGCAGGCAGGGAACCCGGCUCUCUCCUGACAGUGCGUAUCUUAUCCCGGGGUAGAUCCAGGUGGCUGGGACAUGCCUUCAACCCACCUUACUCUGGCAAGGACAAGGUGCCUUCUCCAAGCCUGCUGGGUUUCUUUGCAGCCUGGGAGAGGAAUGAAAAUCCAAGGAAUGACCGUACCCUCACCAUCCUUGGACCUUGGCUUUUCCCCGUGGACCCUGGCCCUUUAAAUUUGAUUUCACCCCGAUUUAAAAGCAGGGCCGCGUCCCGCAUAUCCCACUUCCACAGUGGACAGAGAGGAGCAAGGAUUGUGGACGUGAUAGCAGUGUCACUUUAGGGUGCUAUCUACACCUGUGGGAAGCCUCGGUGACUCCCAACCAUGGGCCAGUCAAUCCCCAGCGUGGGAGGGGGGGGCGGGUGUGUGUGAGGACAGACCAGAAGUGACUUUCCUGUUUAUUUCCAGUUUUGUUAACCAACAUAUAUUACUACAGCUCCUUUCUGAGCCACUCCUCUCAGGUCCCCAAACUUGACAGAUCCACUCCCCAUUUUUUUCUUUCUUUCUUUCUUCCUUUCCUUUUCUUUUCUUUCUUUCUUUCUUUUUUUUUUUUUCUUAGCAAGUGACCUGAAGGCUUGGGGCUCACCAGAUAACACUCAUAUUGUUUUAAUUUCAAGGGACUUUUCAGCUAAGGGAGGGCCAUGUCCGGAACGCUCGCUCGUAGGCCUCUUGGCUGAGCUCUGAGUGUUGGGGUCUGUGCCUGUCACCUGGGCCGUGUGACAGGGACAGACCUGGACCCCAGAGGGCAGACAGAAGCAGGUGGCAUGAGCCAAUGAACAAGAAAGUCUCUGUGUUCUGCGACCGAAGGGAUGAGGGGAGGGCUUCCCCCUUCCAUGGGCCGCAGGGGCAUUAGUCAAAUUCUGAGCAAAACGCCAUGUUCCUUUCAGAUUUAUUUUUUAUUAUUUUUUUUUUUGCGAUGUACACCGGUUUGAGAGCUUCGCCCCUUCCUUUACUUUCCAAACAGGGAACAUCGCUCUUUAAUUGCUUAAGGCCAGGGAGCCAAGUCUCUUAGCUUGUGUCUUUGAACUUCCCAGCAUCGAAUCCUUGUGCGCUUGGUCAUCAGCUCGUGAGUGGUCCUGGCCACCUCGAGCCCCUCCCCACCCCCGAAGUUCUAAGUGGUCUCGCUCCCCACGACCCCAGAGCGGCACAGCUUUCCAAAUAGCCUUAAGCAAGAGGAUGUAAUUUCAUUAAAUUUGGUUUAAUGGAAAGAAUCAGAGCAAAAUGAGAGCAUUAUCCGACACCGGAGACUCGGAACGCUGGUAGUCACCGCAUAGAAACUUCUGGAAAGGAAGGAAACCGUACUUGCACAUGUAAAUAAGAGAACUUAAAGUCGGCUGUGUGCAGCAGUCUUGCAAUCCUGCAGUCUUAUCUGAGUCCUGAAGGAAACUCGUUUCUGAAAAUACUUGGUUGGAAGACUGGGACAAUAGCUCAUGAAAUUGAGUGGUAUUUUUUUUCUUUCUUUUUUUAAAAAAAAAAAAUCUGUAAAGUGCAGUCUUCCGUAUUCACGCAUACUGUAUAUACGUGUAUAUGUUUUGCUGAGCAGCUUAAAAUAACAAUAAAUAUGACAUUAAUGGUGA